CCACCUCCCGCCCGCCAUAUAGUAAGGUGGUUCUCUCGUUCUAACCGCGCAUGUGCGGCUCCCGGAGUGCACAGCGCGGUGAUCGGUGGUGCGAUGUGUCCCUCGGACACAGCGGAUCACCGAUCCAUGGAAAGAGCCGAAGAUGUCGGCUCGGUCAUUGCCACCUGUCAGUGUCCAUCAGUGCCAGCUGUCAGUACUCAUCAGUGCCAUGUGCCAGUGCCCAUCAGUGCCACAUCAAUUUCACCAUGUCAGUGCCUACCAGUGCACAUCAAUGCCAUAUAUCAGUGCCCAUCUGAGCUGCCUUUCAGUGUCACCCAUCAGUGCCAGUCAGUGCCACCUAUCAGUGCCAAUCAGUGCCACCUAUCAGUGCUGCCAAUCAGU